CCUUGCUCAUCAUCGUCGCCCCUUUGCUUGGCCUUUGCAAUGCACUUUGGAUAAAGCAAGCCAAGACAUGACUUACCUUUCUGGAGUGGUCUGACAUGUCAACGAACCCGAUAAAGCUAGGUUCUCCUUUGAUCAAUUCGUCCCGACUCUUCUUCGCGCUCAUUGUGGAUACUAUACCUACCUAAAUCUGGGCACCUCGGCGAAAGCCUAUCUUGGGUAAAGGUAGGCAGGCAGGUAGUCUAGACAAAUCUUGCUCCCCUCUCUGCCAACUUGUGAAUCCUAAACAAAGAGAGAGAAAAAAAAGAUAGCAACACAUAGGCAAAGAGUGGAAUCAACAACGCAUCAAAAAGUCUUCUCCCCUCUUUAUGUCACUGACAUGCAGCAGCAGCGCAGCCGCUGCAGCCGUGACCCAUGACCGGGAGCUCAUUAGCACCCUUUUUAGAGAGAGAAUAGCAUCUGGAGAUGCUCGUCCGUUACUGAUCGGCCACAGCCUCGUCGCCAAUUUCGCCAUACCGUGUCUGUACUUGGCCGUGCCGCACCGAGGGCGACCAUGGCUCUACCGCGCGCGCUUUCUCGUCGCCGCCCUCGUGGCGGUGCUGAACCUCGAGAUGGCCCGUCACACGAGAAGUGACAAUCUCGCCGUCACGUACGCCACGGGGAUUCUUGCUGCAUGGGGUACUGUAUGGGUGUUGACCAGCCUGGUCCUCAGGAACCCACAGUAUGACGCCGAAAGGGUCAACAAGAGACCCAAGCAGCCGAAUGGGUCGGCGCGCGGGAGGAGCGACUCUGAUCAAUCCACCCCGACCAUGUCAUCUGCGGCCUCUCCUGAGCGAGCAUACAGCUCUGCCUUGUCUUCUUCUGGGGUCGAGAAAGGCAACGGUGUCAGCAAUGGUACCACGAACGGCAUCACCAACUGCAAAACCAACGGCGCAACCAACGGCACAACCAACGGAGACGGCAGCGCAAGGCCCCUCCUCAAACGUAGGAGGAAAUCGGUCCGUUUCCUUGUGCCUCCGGACGAGGACAUUGCCGAGUCCUUGUUCAAUAAUGACAUGGAGUACUACUGGCAAGCGUUCCCCGAGGACGCCCGCUUUCGCGAGAGGCUGAGUUGGGCAUAUGAUUAUUAUACUUCAUGGCGGGGCUCCGGCUGGAACUUUGCAAUUCCGACCAUACCAAGCUUUGAACCUCCCCGACAAUCCCUCUCAGGAGAGUUGGUCCAGAUCGAGACAAUCCCUCUCAGGUCCAGGGCUGGCGUUUCGCGUCCCGUCAGCAGAAGAGAGCUGCUCCUCACCAGGCUCGGAAGGCCGGUGAUGGCCUAUCUGGCACUCGAUAUCUGUGCCACUCUGAUGAAGCAUGAUCCUUACUUCCGCACCGGUCGUCACGAAGUAGCCCCACCCCCGUCGGCCCCGUUGGCUCCCCAUUUGCGACCCGCCUUGCUUUACAUAUACAGGAGCUUCCUCGCAGCCAUGAUAGUUUUCAACGCCCUGUGGGCCCUGUUCUCGCUUGACCAGGUCCUCAGGCGCCGGCUGAUGACUAGGCUCUUCGGCAGGGACGUCCGCACCGAGCUGUGGCAGUACUCGGAUACCUUUGGGUCCUUUGUCCAGAUUCUCGACCACGGCCUCGCCGGCCUGUGGGGACGAUCCUGGCACCAGACCUUUAGGAUAGGAUUCACGGCGCCGUCGGUGCUCCUGCUGACCGGGAUCAAGAGCAAGGCCGCGAAGAAGCUCAUGGGCUCGCUCGUCGCCUUUUGCAUCUCGGGCGCCAUGCACGCCACGGGAAGCUUCACCAUGCCGCGCGGCGCCAGGCCCUGGAUGCCCUGGCUGUUUUUCAUCCUGGCUUGGGUCGGCACCGUCACCCAGGAGGGCCUGUACCAUGGCCUGGGUCUCGACCGCGUCGCGCCGAGGCUUCCGAUGGUCGCGCGGAGGGCGUUGAACCUGCUGUUUUCUUGCGCCUGGAUGCUCCUGACCUGCUGGGUCUUUGUCGACGACAUGUGCCGCGCCGGCAUGUGGAUGUUUGAGCCCGUCCCCUUUUCAUUUGCGCGGGCCGCUGGCUUGGGUAUGCCCGGAGAUGAAGACGUGUGGCGGAUCAAGGAGCCGCUCAUAUAUUGGCAUUCUGGGAGGCACUGGUGGGAUACCGGGCUUGCUGCAUGAAGUUUGGGGUUUCUUUACGUCUCAUCAACUAUUACCAACGAGGGAAUGGGACAAUAAAAAUUUUCCAAACGCCACUUUACGAUAGAAAUCAUGACACCCUUGACCUUGAGUACUUGGACAUCGCGCUGCGGUAUUGAUUAGACACUAUCAAGAUUAAUAUAAAGUAUGCCCCAGAGGCCUUGGAAUAGACUUUCAAGUUCAGUAAACAAUUAAGCUCCUGGGCAUUGAAUCGCUC